AUGGACAAUGUGCGACGAAGAGAUGUCGUUCGUAGGUUAAAGGUCUGCGAAAAUUGCCUUUCUUACAGACACUCUCUCCCCGAAUGUCCCAGUUCCAGCUCCUGCCAUUUCUGUCAACAACGACAAAACACAUUGCUGCAUACUAAUCAGCCGAGUUCCAGCACACACACACCACAACAACAACCACAGCCUGCAGCUACUUCAGCUCAGGCUAAUGUACCCAGCUCGAACGCGUUAUACUCGUCCGUUAAUCCGAACGCGCCUGAGUUCCAGCCAAUGGGUCAACAACAACAACAAAGUUUUAACUACCACACGUCGCAUGGUGAUCGUUUUACAACACAUCAGGUGCUUCUAGCGACAGCAGUUGUUAAGGCCCGAAGUGCAGAUGGCCGGCUACGCCUUUUACGUGCUCUGAUCGAUACUGGGUCAGAAAGAUCUUUCAUCACAGAAGCUGCUGCACAACUGCUGAAGCUAGAAAAGCGGCGUACCAUGGUCGAGGUAUCUGGGUUAGGGUUGGUCAGCAGUGGCAAAACGCAUAACUCCGUCGAAGUAAGUCUUGCAUCCCGCCACUCGACGUUCGAGAUUGCCAUUCAGGCAUUGGUCUUCAAGUCGCUGACUGGCCAUCUCCCGACCCAACGCGUGAUACCUGGCCAAUGGAACCAUCUCGAUGGUCUCUCGUUAGCAGAUCCCCAUCUCUACGAGCCUGCUCCCAUUGACUUACUACUGGGAAGCGAUGUUUGUGCCCAAAUAUUUUUACCCGAAAUAAAACGGCCUCUAGAUGGUAUCGGUCCGAUCGCGCAAAAUACGCAAUUAGGGUGGAUCGUGUUAGGAAAAGUUCCAGCGGAAAUUCCCCGUCAAGUGCGCAGCUUUCUUCAAAUUGCCGAAUUAUGCACACAGAUGGAGAAGUUUUGUGAGAUGGAAGAAAUGCCGUUCCAGACACAUGAAACCCUUGACAACAUUGCUUGCGAUGAGCAUUUUUCACAGCACACUAGGCGUUUACCUGACGGGCGUUAUGAAGUGAAGCUGCCGUUCAAAGGUGAAAGUCUUCCAACGAUGGGUUCCAGCCGACAAGGCGCUCUUCGACGAUUACAACAUCUCGAAAAGAAACUCGAUGCCGAUCCAAGACUUUGUGCGGAUUACACAAAGUGUAUUAAGGAGUACGAAGACCUCAACCAUAUGGAAGAAAUAGAUCCAAAUGAACCGGUUUUGGCAACACCUUAUCACUAUUUCUUGCCACAUCAUGCGGUGUUUAAGGAAGCUAGCUCCACUACAAAGCUGAGAGUAGUGUUUGACGCAGCUUCAAAAGCUUCGGAUGGGAAAUCCCUCAACGAUCGUCUUCUGGUGGGUCCAAAAUUGCAGACUACCACCAUAGAUCUAGUUCUUAGAUGGCGGACUCACCGAGUCACAUUUACGGCCGACAUAGAGAAGAUGUAUCGGCAAAUUUUGGUAAGUUUCCCAGACCGAUACUAUCAGCUGAUUAUGUGGAGAGAGCAGAGAACAUCGCCAGUACGAAUUUUCAAAAUGAACACAGUAACUUUUGGAACAGCGAGUGCUCCAUAUCUUGCCAUCAAGAUCCUGAAAAAAGUAGCUGAUGAUGAGAGACCGCCAUCAACUUAG